AUGGCGGCUCAAGCUGCUGAUGCUCUUGCAAACUUGAAGGUCAAGGACCCAGAAGCAGUCAUGGCAUCCGCGGCUGCGGCAAAGGCAAAUGGAAACGGAAACGGCAAUGCACUAGAAGCGGAAGACUCGGACGACGAGGACGACGAAAAGACGCCUGGAGGAGGGGUAGCAGAUGGAGGAGCAAAGAAGAAGAGAAAGCGGAAGAAGAAGAAGAAGACCGGUGGGGCGAAUCCUACACAGCAAUCCUCCCCUCCUCGAGUCCUUCUUUCGAAUCUCUUUCCUGGAGAAUAUCCCGUUGGGCAAGAAGUAGACUAUAAAGAUGAGAACCUGUACCGGACCACGGAUGAAGAGAAGAGGCAUCUGGACCGGAUGAACAAUGACUUCCUACAAGAAUACCGACAGGGUGCAGAGGUCCAUCGACAGGUUCGACAAUGGGCACAGAAAAAUAUUAAGCCGGGUCAGAGCUUGACUGAGAUUGCUGAGGGUAUUGAGGAUGGCGUUCGUGCGUUGACUGGUCACCCAGGUUUAGAAGAGGGAGAUAAUAUCAAAGGAGGUAUUGCUUUCCCCACUGGUGUCAACUUGGAUCAUAUUGCCGCGCAUUACAGCCCCAAUUUCGGAAACAAGACAAUACUGUCCAAGGACAAUGUUAUGAAGGUCGAUUUCGGUGUUCAUAUCAAUGGAAGAAUUGUUGAUAGUGCUUUUACGAUGUCAUUCGAUCCAAUGUACGACAACCUUCUGGAGGCAGUUCGAGAGGGAACGAAUACUGGUAUCAAGGAAGCUGGUAUCGAUGUUCGUAUGUCAGAUAUUGGUGCUGCAAUCCAAGAAACUAUGGAGAGUUAUGAGGUUGAGAUCCGGGGCGAGACCUUCCCCGUCAAGUGUAUUCGCAACUUAAACGGGCACGAUAUUCGACAGUGGCAGAUUCAUGGCGGAAAGAGUGUACCUAUUGUCAAGAGUAACGACCAGACGAAGAUGGAGGAAGGAGAGACGUUCGCCAUCGAGACCUUUGGCAGUACUGGAAAUGGCUAUGUCCGAGACGAUUAUGAAACAUCUCACUACGCAAAGCGCGUAGAUGCGCCAAAUGUACCUCUUCGGAUCACAUCUGCAAGCAAGCUUUUGGGCAUCAUUAACAAGAAUUUCGGAACUUUACCAUUUUGUAGAAGAUACUUGGAUCGUUUAACUCAAGACAAGUAUUUACUUGGGUUGAACAAUCUUGUUUCUAGCGGUAUCGUUGAAGCAUACCCGCCUCUUGUAGAUAAGAAAGGCUCCUAUACGGCACAGUUUGAACAUACGAUCCUUCUGAGGCCAAACGUGAAGGAGGUUAUUAGUCGCGGCGACGACUAUUGA